CGCCGGCAGUGGUGGUGGUGAUUUUGGCGGUCCUUACGGACCGGGCAAAGACCAUUCCCUUUCUCCGUAGCGUACCUCCCUCUGCCCAGACUGAGCCCAGCGCAGCCACCAUGUCGGCGUUCCCCAAGAGCUACAACCCGUUCGACGACGACGACGACGCGGACGACGAGGGCAGCCGGGACGCCCGAGACCAGCCGGACGGGCCCGCUGACCGGCAGCUUAGCCUGAGGCAAGAAGUGCUGCGCAGAGCCGAGGCCGCGGCCACCAGCACCAACCGGUCGCUGUCCCUCAUGUACGAGUCGGAGAAGAUCGGGGUGGCCACUUCGGAGGAACUUGUCCGUCAGCGAGGCGUCUUGGAACGCACAGAGAAGAUGGUGGACACUAUGGACCAAGACCUGAAGACCAGCCAGAGGCACAUCAACAGCAUCAAGAGCAUGUUUGGGGGUUUUGUCAAUUACUUCAAAUCGAAACCAGCAGAGACCCGCCCUGAGCAGAAUGGUGUCCAGGCUGCCCAACCCAACAGCAGGUUGAAAGAAGCUAUAACCACAAGUAAAGAGCAGGAGUCAAAAUAUCAGGCCAGCCACCCAAACCUCAGAAAGCUGGACGACUCAGUAGACGCCAUCCCUGCAGGGGCUAGUGCUGCUGUGAGUUGCGACCUGUACCCCAAGAACCAGCACCUCCGUGCCUACCACCAGAAGAUCGACAAUAACCUGGGUGAGCUGUCGGUGGGGCUGGGCCGCCUGAAGGACAUAGCUCUGGGGAUGCAGACGGAGCUGGAGGAGCAAGAUGACAUCCUGGACCGGCUCACCACCAAAGUGGAUAAGUUAGACGUGAAUAUAAAAAGCACAGAAAAGCAAGUCCGGCAGCUUUAAAACCAGGUGUCCACUGCGUGGGGUGGAGAAAUCCUUUUUUUUUUUGUAAACGCCCAGGAAAUUUCAUGGACUAUUUGAUUAUGUGAUUUGCACUCUGUUUUUUGCUGAUGUGCCAGCGUGGGUCAUAAGAGAUUGUGUGGUUAUAAGGAA